AUGGCUGGAAGAGGUAAUGGAAGAGGUAACAAUCAGAUGGCAGACGCAAUAGCUACUUUGACUAACAUCGUGGCUAGAGAUCAUCAACCCGGGAGGGAAGAUGAGAUGAGGUUGGAGCGAUUCAUGAAGCAUAAUCCGAAGCUUUUCACUGGAGGCUAUGCUCGGGAAGCUGCUGUCAAGUGGAUAGAGGAAGUUGAGAUUGUCUUUGAGGCUAUGAGGUGUACCGAGGAGAAUAAGUUAACCUUGGGUACCUAUGUACUUCGUGAGGAAGCUAACAAGUGGUGGAGGAAUGCUAAGCUAAGAAUGGGAGUUGGUGGUGUGCAUCUCAUUGGAUUUUCGCAAAUCCGAGACUUUGCGACUUUGGUGGAUAAGUGCUGUAUUUGUGAUGAUGAUGGGAAGGCCAAGACUAACUACUACAAAGCCAUGAGUGACAAAAGAGGAAGAGGUCAAGAUCGUGGAAAGUCGUAUGGUGACAAGGGGAAGAAAGUUGCUGAGACUAAUGGUGGAAAGAAGAAUGGUGGUGGACAAUGCUAUAAGUGCGGAGAGAUGGGCCAUAAGUCUUAUGAGUGCCUAAAGAAGGUGGACAAAUGUUUCAAUUGUGGAAGAUUAGGACACAAGUCUGAUGUGUGUCAAGUGAAGGUGACUUGUUUCAAUUGUGGUGAGGAAGGUCACAAGAGUUCUAUGUGCAAGAAGCCUAAGAAGACCAUUGGGAAGGUGUUUGCUUUAAGUGGAGAUGAUGCAGAUCAAGUGGAUAAUCUAAUUAGAGUGGACAGGAACAUCAGUGCUUCUCAGAAUAUCUGGGUGUUGCUCAAGGAUGAUAUUGCAUAA